CUAAUGGAUCUUCACAUGUAAUAAUACUCCAAAAUUCGCGUUUAUCUUUUGCAAAUUAAAAACAUUAUAUUAUUAAUAAGAUUUUAUUUAGAGAGAAAUAGAUGGAUUGAUAAUGAGAGUUAACCAAUAAAAAAUAGUGAUGAGUUAGUUGAGGAGCAUAGAGGGUUGAAAACAAUAAAAAGUAAGGGUAAGGAAUAUAAAAAAGAAAUUAGUUUCGGCUGCGGAAAGCUCGCUUGAAUUUAGAAAUCUUGAGGACCCAUGAAAAAGUUCGUUAGGAAAAAGUUGUGAGGACCGAUCUGGUAAACCAACAACUGUUGAUAAGGGAAGUUGAAAGAGAGAGAAGAAAAGCAAACGCUAACGAAGCGUUUGGUAUCCUUUGUCCUUUGGCUUUCCUAUGUUAGGAAAACAAUGAAAGCCAUUUUGACCCUUUUCAAUUUUGUUUGGUUUUUGUAAUUAAGGUUCAUUUUUUUCCUCUUUGUGGGUGUUUGUCUCCCAUUACCACGUACCUUGGGCCAUGCAUUCAACAGAAUUGAAAGACCGUACAAAGAGAAGCAUGAGAACGAGCAAAAGCCAAGUUUAUGAUUCUUCUUCCAUUGAAAUUGACCCCUCCCCUCCCAAUUCCACUCCUAAAAGGAGUUAUCAAGUUUGGAAAGGAAAUAAUAAAUUUUGUUGUGGAGGAAGAAUUAUACUUGGCCCCGAUGCUUCAUCACUUUUCUUAACGUCGUUUUUGAUUGGAUGCCCUGCAAUUGCCUUCUGUAUAAAGAUGGCGUUGCAUAUCAAGCCCCAAGAUACAAUUUUUAACCAUCAAAUAUUGCUUGGGGGACUCAUCCUCACUGUUUUGGAUUUAGGUUUUUUAUUUCUGACAAGCUUUGGAGAUCCUGGAAUAAUACCCAGAAAUACAAAACCACCAGAAGCAUCAUCAGAUGAUGAUGAUCUGUGCAAGUCAACGUCAUUUGAUUGGGCGAAUGGUAAGACUGGAACCCUGAGACUACCGAGGAUUAGGGAAGUGAAAUUGGAGACGGGUGAAACGGUUCAAGUGAAGUUUUGUGAAACUUGCUUGUUAUAUCGAUCCCCCCGUGCCUCUCACUGCUCCAUUUGCAACAAUUGCGUCCAGAGGUUUGACCACCAUUGUCCAUGGGUCGGUCAAUGCAUCGGAGCUCGCAACUACUCAUUCUUCAUUUGUUUCAUAUCAUCAUCCACUGCCUUGUGCAUAUACGUCUUCACGUGCUCUUGGGUGAAUAUUCUUCGACAACGCACGAGCUUCUGGACUGCCAUAUCUCGUGAUAUACUAUCAGUUAUUCUUAUACUCUAUUGCUUCAUUGUCGUCUGGUUUGUUGGUGGCCUUACAGUUUUCCAUUUCUACCUCAUUUCCACUAAUCAGACCACGUAUGAGAGCUUCCGGUAUCGGUAUGAUAGGAAGGAAAACCCAUUCAACAAAGGCAUAUUGAGCAACUUCAGACAAGUACUGUUUUCAAAAAUCUCACCUUCGUUGAUCAAUCUCAGAGCAUGGACAUCAGAAGAUGACACUGGGCUUUCAGUUAUAGAUGACAAUGGAGACAGCGAGACUGGUUCCAAAAAUUUUGACGUAGAAAUGGGAGUUCCCAAGCUUUUGCAGAAGAUCGACUUUGAUGGUUUCGAUAAUAAGCCUUCGAAUUCCAAGAACCAAGAUUUUCAUGAUCAAACUAAAUUUGGUAUAGCUUAAUUAUUACAAUCACCAAACCAAUUAGAUUGUAAAUGAACCAAGUUUAAAUGAACCGUUUUCCGUUCGUGCUUGUUCAUUUAUUUAUUUUUGAGUUUGUUUGUAUUUGGUUUGUAUUUUUUAAGAAUUUGAAUUUGAGUUCAAAGCUCAAUUUAUUUAAAAUUAUGUGUAUUCAUAUUCACUUUAAAUCAAA